UUUGGCACCGAACGGUCUACGAAAAUGAGCGAAUUUUCCGCCCGCACUUCCGCUUCCUGCUCUUCCUCUUUCCGGAGCGCUGCUGCUUGUUGUUAUUUAUUUUAUUGUUAAACAUCAAAGUGCUACAACAUUGCUUGAUGCAAGUGGCCAUAGAGCAUCGAAUACUUUUAAUCUAAAACUAGCAAAAAAUCAGGAAAACAAAGAAAUGUAUGAGAAUUGGUAGUGAGACACGGAGAUGAUGAGUUUCACCAUUACGUUGGCGCUACUGCUAGUGGCGGUUCUGAUCCUGGGCAUCCUGUUCGCCUGCCACUGUCUUGGUCCGAGGGCCGCCAACUGGAUGCGGAUGCGGUCCAGCAAGGAGGAGAAGAUCGGGUUGUCCAACCACAAGCAGAAGCUCUUCCAUGCCAAUGGCUAUAUGGCAAGUAUUCAAUCCGGAUCGGAGUUCCUGCUGAGCACCAGCGGCAGCUUCAAGCGCUUCGACACCAUCGACAAGGAGGACUUCAACCGCUCGCAGCAGACGCACCUGCUCCUGAUGAACGGCUGCGGAGGCGGAGGAGGAGCGGUGUCGAUAACCGGAAGCUCCAGCGUCCUGGAGAAGACCACGCCCAUGUGGAACCCGCCCUCGGGGCACAUUUACAUUCCGCCACCGCCGGUUCGACCGGCUCCCACUCCGAAUGGCAAAACGGUGACCUUCUCCUUUAGCCAGGUGAACGAGGUCACCGAGGUGACCUCAGCCGACCAGGAACGUCGCUCUUGCCUGCGUCUGAAUGGUGGAUCUGUGGGUGGAUUUAAGAAUGGAUCCAAUGGUGGCUCUGUGGGAGGCUCCAAAGACGCAUCUAUGGGUGGCUCAAUGGGCGGUGUGCUGCCCCAGCCACUGGAGGCACCACCUCCGGCCAGGCUCUCCUCCUCCGUGACCGUGAAUUUAUCGGGCACGGCCAUACCAAGACCCAUUGCCAAGCGACAGGUGUCCUUGCAGCAGGGCAUCAAUCAGGAAAAGACCCUGGUGACCCCGUCUCUGGAGAGUGAGAGGAAAACGCCAGCUCUAAAACGGAGAAACUCCAGCACCAAUCCCUUUCUGUGCGAGUCCACGGAACAGGUGCCCCUUUCGGAUCCUCUAAAUGCAUCUGUUACUACAAAUACUACCACUCCGACAAUGGCAACGGCAACGGCCACGGCAACGGAAACCCCCAAUGCCAAUGGCAAUCCCUUUGUGGAAAGCCACAGUCUGUCCAGCAGACUGCUGAAAAUGCACAACACCACGAAUCCUUUUACUGGACUCACGCAACGCGUAAAGGGACCGCACCUCCUCCAAAAGACCAUUUCCGAGGACUAUCUCUUCCGGAAAUUCAAUUCCGGUGUCAAUGGUCACAGUUCCAUGGCCAAUGGCAAUGGGCUCAAUCAUGUCCACGGACAUGGCAAUGGCAAUGGAAAUGGCAACGGCACCUGGUCCUUUGGACGCUCCCUGCUGCGACAGGACUCCACUUUGAGUUUGGGCAUGGGCAUGGGCAUGGGAUUGGGUUUGGGCAGGCGGAACAGCUCACAAAUCUCGCUGGACUCUGGCUCGGGAUCGGGAUCGGUGGUGGGUUCGAUGGACGGCAUCCAUUUGGAAAGAGCCGUCUCCUGUGAUUCGGUCACCUCGGAUUCGACCUUGUUCCUGGAUCAAUUGGAUCAGCCCUACACUCAGAUAACUGGCUACCUGUGCAUUGGCCUCAACUACGAUAAGAACAGCAUUAGCAAUGAGGGCAUGGAACUGACUGUUAGUGUCCUGGAGGCCAAGGGACUCAUUUGUCCCUUCAGCGUCGAGUCUCUGGACACAUUUGUGCGCAUCUACUUGGUGCCCGAUCAUCCCGGUGCCAUGCAAACCAAGGUGGUAAGGGCGGCGCUAACACCCAGCUACAACGAGAGCUUCAACUUCUGGCUGCAGAAGCGGCAGGCGCGCCACUCGCUGUGGUUUCACCUGUACCACAACGGCCCCGCCCACACACUGAUCGGGGAGGCGGAGAUGGAGAUCGGGGAGCUGCCACGCCCCAUCACCACGUGGAUCCCGCUCUCGGAUUCGCGCAAGUGCAAUGCGCGCUGGGGCGAGCUUAUGUUCUCGCUGAGCUACCUGCCCACGGCGGAGCGUCUGACCAUCGUGGUGGUGAAGGCCCGGAAUCUGAAGCUGGACGCGGACCAGCCGGUGGAUCUGCCGGAGUCCAUGGACACGGUGAACAGCAUCUUUGUCAAGGUCUACCUGAUGGACAACGAUCGCAAGGUGCUGAAGAAGCGCACCUCGCUGAAGCGCAAGGACCGCAGUCCGAUCUUCAACGAGUCGAUGAUCUUCAGUGUGCCGCCACCCAGUCUGACCACCACCCAACUGAGAGUCACCGUCUUCGGGGUGACGGCGGCGGGCGGGGUGAUGGCCCUGGGCCACAUCGUGGCCGGCAGCUGCGCGGUGGGCAAGGGCCUGCGCCACUGGCACCAGAUGCUCUCCUCGCUGAGGAAACCGGUGGCCAUGUGGCACGUCCUGCGGCGAGCGGUCAAUCAGCCGAUUUUCACGGGCGGCGCCGAGGCGGUGGUGGCCGCCAUGCAAAACACGCUCCAACGGAGCACCGCCAAGCGGAACAGCAUCGUCUAAAGAUCACAGAUCGCCGAUCGCCGGUCACCGAUCACCGAUCACACCGGCGGCACUGGCUCAUGGAAAUUUUCCACUUCGUUGGCAAACCAAAAUUUACCGCCUUUUAGUUGAAAAAACCCCUUUUCAAAAGGAGAUCAAACGAGAAAGGAAACCAACUUCGGCAGGCCGAUGUUUCUAUACCCUUGCAGAUACUACAAAAAUUAAAUACUCUUUAAAAUUUACUAUAUUUCGAUUAUGAAUUUCGAACAAAAUGAAACUAUGUCGAAUUUCCGCUGAAUUUUUUCAUUUCUUAAGAAGCUAUACGAUAACGUGUAGUUUUAAUAAAUCUAUAACUUUCGUUUUCAUUUUGUUUCAUUUAUAAAGUUUUAAAAUUUAGAGGCUAGAUCGACUUUUCUAGAAAAAUAAAUAUACUCUAUAGAGUCGGAAUCCUGACUGCGUUGCAAACUUCGCAAAGAAAUCAUUAUGCCAUCUGCAAGGGUAUAAAAAUAAGAAGGGGAAAAAUAGAAAACCUUGUGGAAAAUUGCAUUUACCACACUUUAGCCAUGAGACUUUCUUACUUUUCUACAGCUUACCCACAACCAAACGAGUAUUAUUAUAGAUGGCCGUGUAAUCUAAAAGUCUUUAAAUCUAAAAAAAACCCGCACCAAAGGACAAACGAGCCUAUUGACUAGUUAUAUAUACCAAUAUUGUCGCGCACUUAUUGUUAUGUAAAGAUUUAUAUCGAAGAGAUGUACAUUCUAUCUGGAUGUCUGGUAGAUUCAGACUCCAUCAGAGUAACGCACUUGUUGAAAUUUGUCGCAUACAACAAGCGAAAUAUUUGGAGAACUUUGGGGUUUUCCUAUGCAAAAAAAACUAUAUUAUUAUUAUUAGAAUUGAAGAUACUUUCUAGAGGAAUUUCACAUUAACAUUAGAAUAGUUUUUUUUUAAGACAAAAACCAGAAAGGAAUUUUCCUACAUUUUAAUGCUCAAAAUUAGUCAUAUAUUUUGAGAUCAUCUGCCACUUGGGUUCUCAAGUUUCCCACUCUAAUGUAAUCCUACUCCCUGGGUUUUUUAUUGUUUGCUUUGCUUCGGGAAAUCUUAAUGAUAUCAAAAUAUGAGAGAUACCAAGGUUAUACAAUUAUUUCGCGAGCUGUAUGAUAUAGUUUAGCGACCAGUGAGCCUGUUAAAUUAUAACUCUAUAGAUUGAUCGUCGUUUGGCAAUCAAUCGUUGUUGAAUUUGAAGCCCAAUCGAAAUCGAAAUUCGAAAUUGAGAAAAUCAAAGAAAUGGAAAUAUUGAAACUGAGAAAAUCGAAAAUCGAGAAGCGGUGAGCCCUUUAAGCAUUGUGAUAUGAUAAAAUAGCAAAUGAAGUGAAUUCAGAGUGCGUCUGUGUCAGGAGCGAAGAAUCGUAUCGAAGGAAAUCAGAAAUCAAAAAGUAUUUACGAUAGUUACAUUCCGUAGUCGAGAUGUAUGAAAUAGUAUUAUAUAUAAUGUUUGUACUUUUGUGAUUUGCGUUCGUUCGAAUUUUUGUAGAGCCGCGUGUUUUAUAAUUAGAUUUAGUUGGUUCAAGGAUCAAACUUUUAAAGGGGGAAAACAGAUGAUAUAUACACAACACAAUACGGACACAUUUCGAUUUCCGUUUAGAGAGCGUUUUUUGAACAGUUAAGGACAAUAACUUUGCAAGCAUUUAUGAUUCAGUGUAAAUCAAGUAAUUAUAAUUAUCGAAGAUUAAUCAAAGAUUGUCCGCUUGUUAAAACAUCGUAGAUAACAAUAGAACGCACUCGGAUACACAUAGUCCUUUUUCAAGUCGCACCUGUAUUUUGACCAAACCAAACGAAUCGGAAACCUGGCACACUUCUAGCUGAAGCUUUAAUCUACGAACUCCUCUAAUAGAAGUCACUCACCUUUUGGAAUCGCACUUACUUAAUGGAUAUAUACAGCGGGACAGUGGGUUUCACAAUUGUAAAGAGUUAUUUAAUUUGAGGGCAAGAAUUCCAAAUUUAUCACCCUUAAUGGUGAGUUCGAUUACAUAUCUUCAUUUAAAGCUGGCUGACAAUCGCCUAAAUUGGCUAUAAUAUUUCCAAAAUUUUAAAGUCCAACUGUCUGAUACUAGUGAAACGCACUGUUCCAGAAAAUAUAUAUGUAAUAUAUAUACAUAUAUAGAGAAGGCAUUUAAAAGGCAUCAAAAUGAAAAGUCCUGCCCCAAAACACUUAUUAGAAUAUAAACCGCUGAGAAUUUUUUUCUUUUUUUACUACUGUUUGUUAGCUAAACUAAUGAAGCGAUAAUGUUAAACUCAUGUUGAAUUUGUAUUUAUACGGAAAUAUAUAUAUAUAUGUAUGUGCUAUAUAAAAUAAU